UAGGAUUGGAAAUGUCGCUGUCAGCUCUGUGGAUCAUGAUGAGGCAGCGCGAGUGGAUCCAGCAUGUUUCUAUUUUCUGCCUUCCCUUUGACUCGGGAAGUAGUCGCAGAAAAAUAACGGAGCAAGCCAUAAUCAAGGAACAAUUUACACCGCGGUAAAGCUGAUGAUGGCAGUGCGGCCCCCUCCAUGCGUGAUUGACUGCGGGACAGGGUACACCAAGAUUGGUUAUGCAGGAAACACGGAGCCCCAGUUCAUCAUGCCGUCCUGUAUCGCGAUCAGAGAGACAGCGGGUGUUGGAGAUCAGGCACAGAGACGUCUCAUGAAAGGGGUGGAUGACCUCGAUUUCUUCAUCGGAGACGAAGCCAUUGAUAAGCCAAACUAUGCAACCAAGUGGCCCAUCAGACAUGGUAUUGUUGAGGAUUGGGACCUCAUGGAAAAGUUCAUGGAGCAAAUCAUAUUUAAAUAUCUCCGAGCUGAGCCGGAGGACCACAGCUUCCUGAUGACAGAACCUCCUCUAAAUACCCCAGAGAACCGGGAAUACUUAGCUGAGAUCAUGUUUGAAACGUUCAAUGUCCCAGGACUGUAUAUCGCUGUUCAGGCUGUUUUGGCAUUGGCAGCAUCAUGGACUUCAAAACAGGUUGGAAAACGAACACUGACAGGAAUCGUGAUUGAUAGCGGUGAUGGGGUCACUCAUGCCAUACCAGUGGCCGAAGGUUAUGUGAUUGGCAGCUGUAUAAAGCACAUCCCUAUAGCAGGAAGAGACAUCACCUACUUUAUUCAGCAGCUGCUAAGAGAUAGAGAGAUCGGCGUUCCUCCAGAACAGUCACUGGAGACCGCAAAAGCUGUUAAAGAAAGGUAUUGCUACAUCUGUCCAGACAUAGUGAAGGAAUUCACAAAAUAUGAUAUGGACCCUGACAAAUGGAUAAAAAAAUACAAGGGAAUCAAUGCUAUCAGCAAAAAUGAAUUUCUAAUAGAUGUCGGAUAUGAGCGUUUUCUGGGACCAGAGAUAUUUUUUCACCCUGAGUUUGCCAACCCAGACUUCUUGCAGCCCAUCUCAGAUGUAGUGGAUGAAGUCAUUCAGAACUGCCCUAUAGAUGUCAGAAGACCACUUUACAAGAACAUUGUGCUGUCGGGAGGCUCCACCAUGUUUCGGGACUUUGGUCGCAGGCUGCAGCGGGACCUGAAGCGCGUGGUGGACGCCAGACUCAGACUGAGUGAGGAGCUCAGCGGCGGCAGAAUAAAGCCCAAGCCCAUGGAGGUGCAGGUAAUAUCUCAUCACAUGCAGCGAUACGCCGUGUGGUUUGGGGGAUCCAUGUUGGCUUCUACGCCCGAGUUCUUCCAUGUCUGCCACUCUAAGAAGGACUACGAGGAAUAUGGACCCAGAAUCUGUCGCCACAAUCCAGUCUUUGGCAUCAUGUCCUAGUGCUGGUCUUGCACCCCGCUGUAAGCCUAGAUAUCAAUUCAAUCGAUUUAUCACCUCACCGUACUACACUUUGAUUGCCACUCCUCUUUGAAAAGGAAUAAUUCAGGCUUUGACAAGCUUAGAAUAGAAAGAACAAAGCUUUUUGUUUAUCAGUGAAAAUGUCAAAGCCAGGCACAAGGGUAUUAUGUGGAUUGGAUCUGGAGACUUGAGGCUUGUGCUUUGAUAGCAAGCGCUGAAUGUGCAAUACUCUAAAUGCAGCAAAAGAGAGGAAUUGAAGAAUUGCGCAUUGACUGCAGGCUGCGCAGGUGAAGCUAUACAGUUGGGUCGGUUUACUUGGCCACUCAUAUUUCAGUUUCUGUGUUUUGUUUGUAUUUUAAAGGAAAAGUU